AUGUUGGAACACAUCUCAGAGGAGAUGAUUGCCAGUCUUAUCGUUUUGGUUUUGAUGGUUGUUGCGACACAAAAUGGGAAAACGGAAACCAUGGUAUUUGCUGUGGCCCAACUCGAUGGUAUCACCCUAACGGUGGAUGGACGUGACCAGACCGUCAAAAUAGACAAUGAUAUUCGUUAUGUGGACAAUAUACCGAUAGAUAAACCCUGUCGUGAAAAUCAAGAUAACAACUCAAAUUGA